AUGAACCAGAACCACUACUAUCCUUACAAUCCUCUUUCGAAUGAAAGAGAUAAAGAGUUGCCUCCAACUCCCACUGCAAACAUGAAUCAACUAAAUAGCACCGGCCAACCACAAGAUACCAAUAUUCAACCUCCUCCUAAUUUAGGUCCUUCUCCAUUUCCUGAUUCUUUUGUCAAUAAUAAUAGUCCUUUAUAUAGCCCCAAUGCCAAAUCUUUUAUAGAUUUCAAUUCUCAAUAUUCUCAUUUGAACAACCCCAGACAUAACUUAAAUAAUAGUAAUUCCACCAAUGUGUCUCUCACUGAUCCAUCUUUUAAUUCAACUAUAAAUACAAAUAAUUUUAACCCAAAUCCAAAUAAUCCAAAUAAUCCAAAUAUUUCAAAUAUUUCAAAUAUUUCAAAUAACAGUGAUAUUGGAGCAACCAACUACUUCAAUAAUUUUAAUAGUUAUAGUAGUUCUGAUACUAAUCCUAGCAUGAGCCAAUCCAGAUUAUUAAAAAACUAUUCUGGUGAUAAUCCAAAUUACUCCAAUUAUAAUCAAUCCUCCUAUAACAAUGGUUCCAAUAGUACCAACAAUCCUCCGUACCCAACAUCUGAUCCGUUUGUAUCCGAUCCAAAUUUAUCAAGAUCUAGAACAACUAUGUCAAAUCCUUUUCAAGAUCCCAACCACAGCAAAAUGAACUCAAAUGAAACCAAUCCUAUAACUUUUAAUCCCACUUCUGCUAUUCCAUCUGAUAAUCGAAACAAUUUCAAUAAUAACAAUAAUAUUCAAGAAAAUCGAUUUUUCUUGGAUAAUAACAACAAUAAUAUCUACAACAAUAACAAUAAUGAUAACAAUAACGAUAACAACAACACCUAUAAUAGCCAUAUAAUCAGCGAUCAACAAGUAGUUGAUAAAAAAAAUUCAAGAUGGAAAACUUUUCCCUACGUAGCUGUUUUCUUUACUAUAGUCGAAACAGCUGUAUUCAUUGCUGAAUUGGUUAAUUAUUCAAAAUACACCGGAAAUGUCAUACAAACUUCUCCUUCUUUUAAUCCAAUGCUUGGUCCAUCUUCUUAUGUUCAAAUUAAUAUGGGCUCCAGAUUUAGACCUUGUAUGCAAGAAAUUGAAGGCAUUACAAAUGUAAACGACAUACUAUUCCCCUGUCCUAAUUCAACUACUACCGAUACAGAUGUUUGUUCUUUAAGUGAAUUAUGUGGAAUGGGUGGUUUACCACCAAAUACAAUUGAUGAUGAGUUGGGCUAUCUUCCUGACCAAUGGUGGAGAAUUAUAACUCCAAUUUUUUUACAUGCUGGUUUCAUUCAUAUAAUCUCAAACUUACUCCUCCAAAUUUUAUUAGGCGCUGAUGUCGAAAAAAAAAUCGGCUCUUUAACUUUUUUGAUCAUUUAUAUUGCUUCGGGAAUAUCUGGGAAUAUUUUUGGUGCAAAUUACAGUAAAACUGGUGUUUCAUCUGUUGGUGCAAGUGGUGCUUUGUUUGGAAUAAUUGCUACUAAUUUAUUUCACCACUUAUUCUUAUUCAACAAAGCUCUUUACUCAAAGAAAACUUAUCGAAUAAUCUUAUCCGUCAUGGUUUUUGAAAUCAUUCUAAUUUUAUUUCUUGGUUUACUACCUGGUUUAGAUAAUUUUGCACAUAUUGGUGGCUUUAUUAUAGGUUUGUUAUGCAGCAUCUUAUUAUUAAGAGACCCUAAUUUUAUCAUUAAAGAAGAGUAUAGAUAUAUACCACCAAAGACAAUGUUAACUCCAAUUCCCAAUCAAGGAAGCCAUGUCAUAUCAAGAAAUUUUCUUAGUUUAUCUUACGAUGAUAGCAACGAUGAUUCAAAACCAAAUUCAAAAAUAUCAAAUUUUCUAAAAAAAAGAUAUAUCAAGUAUUUUAUAUUUUGGUGUGUUUUGAGAACUGUUUCUUUAGUUUUAAUCAUUUUAUGGUUUGUACUUUUAUCCAUCAAUUUUUUUAAAAAUGGUGGCGGAAAUUGUUCAUGGUGUCAAUAUUUAAGUUGCAUACCUGUAAAUAAUUGGUGCGAUGGUGAUAUUACUGUUACAACCUCUGAUUCAUCUAUUUAUUUUUUUAAUUUUUUAACUUUACUUUUUUAUUUUAUCGGUUUAAAAAAUCAAAACUAUCUCAAUUUAUAUCAUUCUCAAAAACAGAAAAAACUACAAAAAUUAGAUUAA